AUGGUGAUCUAUUCACUUGUGGAUGUUGGUGAUGCUGCCAGGAAACUUAGGAGGCCAAAGAGGAAAAGACAACAGCUACAUCAUCCAAACGAGAUUGUUGGUUGUGAUGGUGUAUUAGGUUCUGGACUGACAGAAGACAAGUGUGGUGUGUGUGGUGGAUCAAACACAGAUUGUCAGAUCUUUUCUGGUAUAUUUGACCAACCUACCAUGAAGAUUGGAUACCAUACACUGGUUACCAUCCCAGCAGGGGCUAUGUAUGUUAACAUCACAGAGAUGACCAGGAGUAGGAACUAUCUAGGUCUUCAGAUCUCAGGUGGAAACCCUGUGUUCAAUGGCGGUUGGAGCAUUGACUAUCCAGGAAACUACUCUGCUGGUGGAACCAAUGUGAUGUACACCAGGUCAGCCAGGAGUAUGAGUAGCAGAGGAGAACAGAUCCUCAUCAUGGGACCAACAUCAGUAGCUUUGGAUGUGAAGAUCAUUUACCAGGAAAGAAAUCCUGGAAUCUCCUAUGAGUAUGUCAUUCCAAAUCCUCCAGAGGAGAAGGAAGAGCGUCCCCCACCAAGACGUCAGGAGGAGGAGGAAGGUGGGAGGCAGACAUCACAGCAGAACCCAAGGGUACAACCCAAAGCUACUCAACCUCCAUCGACUACCACAAGACCUACUACAACACCUCCAACAACAACUGCAAGGACUACAACACGUAGUACUGUAAGACCAACAACUACUGUUCCUACAACACCACCACCACCCCCACCUCUGACAACCACAAAUGCACCAAUCAAAGAGGAGCAGCCUAAAUCUGUAGGAGAGAAGGAGAUGAGCAUAUCAAGUGGUGUACUGCCAGGAAAUGGCAUGGGUGACAAGGAAGCACCUGAAGGAUACCCAGGAGUUAGGUAUACCAUCUCAGAGUCAGAACAAACACACAGAGAGAAUCAGGGUCUAGAAGCAGGUCCAGAGGGCAGGUACUAUAACAGACCAGAAGGGUCUCCAUUGUCAGGAGUAAGUACAGUGUCAGGGUCAGUAUCAAGAAGCAAUCCUACAGUGCCAGAAGGUCAGAGACCUUCUGGACCUUCUGUAGAGACUGGGCUGGGGAGCAGUGGACCUUCUAAUCCAGGUAGAUCAAACACAGACCACGGACGUGGCACUAUUUAUGUCCCAAGUGAAAGUUCUGGCAACGUACAAGCAACACAGACUGAGAUCUUGCGGGGUAGAGAGAGGGGCCAAGGAGAAACUCCCAGGAAACAAGGUCAAGGAGAUGCAACCGGAAGAGCUGUGCCUCCAGUUUAUGUUUCUAAUCCGCAACUAGGGCGUGGGCCAUCUCCUGCAAACUCAGAUAGACAAACAUCAGCAACAGGUACAGGAACUCAAAGAGAACCAGAACAAUCUCGUCCUUUUUAUGGGUAUUACCCAACCGGAUACAAUCCUCCCGAAACCAGAGUACCUGAGAGUGAUGCCAUUCCUCCUGUUUCAAGUAAUUCUCAAGUAGCCUCUCAGUCAUCGUUCAAUAGGCCUACAGGUAAUAAUCCACCAAAUCCGCAAGGUUCUUCAGGCAUUAGCAGGCCUUUCAACUAUAAUCCAAAUCUUCCAGAUGGUAGAGGAACAACAGUUAACAGUGGACCUAGAGGACAGUCCCAUCAAAAUUUAGGAACAACUGCUCAAUCGGGAGUUACCAGUGGUAGGUUUACUACAGGAACAAAUUACAAUCCACAGUCCAGGUAUCCUACAGGAAGCAGAAACCCGAGCAUUGGUCCUAAUCCAGGUCGCCCGAGACCCAUGUAUGGAGGAGAUGAGCCAAGUGGUGAUAUAGUAUACAAUCCAAAUUACAGACCACCUACUAAUCAGGGUUUUCCUCCUUACAACAGUCAGGGAGUACCAUCAGGUGGACAACCAUCAAACCCUACAGGACAGGGAAUUCCAGUGAAUGGGCAGGGUACACCUUCCCAAACAGGAGGAUAUAGGCGUCCUGGUGUGGGGCAGGACCAACCUACAUUUGGACAAGGGCGGCCAAAUAUUGGACAAGGGUUUCCAAGUCGGGGCCAGGGGGUACCACCCCAGACAAGACCUGACCGUUAUCCUUUCCGACCAAACCCAGAUGCGAUCCCAGACAUGCCUCCACAGACGUCCUCUAACCUUCCCCAAACUAGCGGACAGAUUGGCAUCUACCCCAACCCUGGUCAGCAACCACCAUCUGGACCUAUCUUUGGGCAGGAGAAUCCGGAGACCAACUACAGCCCAUUAAACAGUGGAAUUCCUAGACCAGUUGUCCCAAUCGGGGGUGAGGAACUUGAUGCUUACACCAGUGAAGACUACAGCUCAAGCAUCCCAGAGGAGGGGCAAGGCAAUGAAGCCACUUUUGAUAGGCUCCCUGGUGAACCUGAUCCUGCGGUGAAUCCAGAAGCUCUUUACAUAUGGAUGGAGACAGGGGUUACCGAGUGCUCUGUGUCAUGUGCAGGAGGUGUCCGGGAGACUAUCGUCCAGUGUAUCAGUGAGAACUCUUUCUAUAUUGCUGAGGACAGCAUGUGUAAUGCUGAUUUCAGACCAGCAUCCAGGAGAAAGGCUUGCAAUAUUGAACCAUGUCCUCCAGUUUGGGAGGAAGGUGAAUGGAGUGCAUGUAGCCGUACCUGUGGGGAGGGUCUUCAGAUGAGACCGGUCACCUGCAACCAGAAACUGACCCCAUCGGUCACUCGUCCAGUCUCUCUUGACCAAUGCAUAGGUCUUCCCAAGCCUUUGACCACUAGGCCAUGCAACGCAGAGGUGGCUUGUACAGCAUGGAGCCCAGGGAGCUGGGGAGAGUGCUCUGCAGAAUGUGGUGAAGGUGAAAGAAGAAGAGAUCUGAGAUGUAUUAGUGAAGGUGGUAAUGAAGUACCUGAAUCUGAAUGUAGUCAUCUUACAAGACCAGAUGAGACACAAUCAUGUAAUGCAGGAACAUGUACUACAUCAUGGUUCACUAAUGAAUGGGCCACACAGUGUUCAUCAGAUUGUGGUAGUGGAACAUUAUCUAGAGGUGUCAUAUGUAGUACAGAGGGUACCUCAGCAGGAGCAGUACCUGAUGGUCAGUGUAGUGGUCAGCAGAAGCCAGAUGAGGUCAAAACUUGUACCGAGGCACCAUGUGGUCCAAGGUGGUUUACUUCAGAAUGGAGCAGGUGUUCUGUAGCAUGUGGAACAGGAACCAAAACCAGGAGUGUUGUCUGCGUGUCAUCAGACGUCUCCCCGAGGAUACUACCAACCUACCAGUGUCCUGUGUCACGCCCGGAGACCAGCCAGCCCUGUGAAGAAUCAGAAUGCGCUGGAGUACACUGGUUCACAUCAGAAUGGUCUGAGUGUUCACAAAGCUGUGGUGGAGGAUUCCGCACAAGGUAUGUCAAGUGUUUAGAUGGUUUGAUGCAGCCUAGUACACAAUGUGAACUAAGAGAUAGACCAAGUUUGAGACAGUCAUGUAACAUACAACAGUGCAGCGUAGUAAGACCGAAUGUUCCGGCAUCUUGUACUGAUAGAUUUUCAUACUGUGAUAAGAUCCAUCAAGCAAGGCUGUGUUCAUACUCUUACUAUCGACAGAGGUGCUGCUUGUCAUGCUAUCAACAAAACUGAAAAUAAAUUAUUAUAUUUCAUUCUCUCAACUCUCAAAUCCUUUGAUAUGGAAUUUUAUAUCUGAGAAUAGAAGAAUAAGAGUUUACAUGUAUUUAGUGCAGUUGCUCUGUAAUAUUAUGGUGGCUGCAAUGCUGCAAACAAAUGAAGAAAAAACUUAUGAGGACAACUCUUUACAUCACUGCAAGUAUUUGAAUGAGGUUGGAUGCUGAGGAUUGAAAUUAAAACUGCCUCAUGAUGUGAAUUUCAUUUUUAUGCAUUGCUGCAGCUUUUAUUCUUGAAAUAAAUUGACAGUGUAUAUUUCAAAAUGAUGUAUUUUUAUCUCUUUAAAAUAUACUUGAUCCAGGAAGUUGGAAUAUCAUUUGAAUAUGCACACAUAAAAAUAGCAUCCCAACUUUCACUGUAACUUUGGUCAUGAAUUAAAAAAUGUUCAAUAGCAAAUCAAAAUUGCAGUUUCAUAUAUGAUUUUGAUGAAAAGUGAAUAAAGAAUGUGCCUUUUAUCUAUCGCUCUUAUGCUACUUUAAAAUGGUGCUUGUGGUUAACCCCUUGGAUACUGGACCUUCAUACAUGUGGAUUGGGUCUAUAGAAAAAGUGUAAUAAACAUAAUCUUCUAGUCUCCAACCGGUUAAGAGGGUGCUCUAUGGUAAGAUAUUAAUUUGAAGAGCUCUAAUUGGGUUAGAGUUGUUUGUUCAUGUUCUUAAAUUCUAUUUAUAUGAGCUAUAUGUACCUUGAGAUUGUAGUAAGAUGCAUUAGGUUUUUUUUUUACCUGGAUAUACUAUGCAUGAGGCAGAUAGCCCAGAUAUUGUUAUCCUUUCUCACAUGUAUAUUACCCUGUAAACCAUGGUGCUCUUUAAUCUUAAGAUGUGUUUCUACCACUCUUCUUUUUCUCUUUCAUACAGUAAUAAUGAUUUGUACAUGAUUUAUACAAAACAGUUCUUUUCAUUAUUAUGAGUGGAUUUUUAACUUUGUAUAUUCUCUCAGCAAAACAAAGUGUUGUGGCAAAUAUGACUAUUCUUGUUAGGUGACACUUGGGCUUGUCAUUAGCAAUUAAACGUUAUGCUUGGGGAAAACAGAAUCUUACCACAAAGGAAAUUAUCAUUAUACAAUGGUCCAUUCUGUUUUUUUUUCUUUCUCUUUUGUUUCUUCAUGAAUAAAGCAGCAUUAUUCAUUUGUUUUAUCAUUUUCUUUGAUGAUUUCUUCCCUUUAUCAAAGGCAUAGAUGAAUAUGUCAGAGCCAGUUUUAACAUGACUUUGGGUCUAUGUAGUGAAGUGCUGCAGAUAGUGACUCUUGAAUUUAUAUUACAAUUCAUUCUACAAGUGUGAUGGGGGUAAUAUAGCCUUCUAUGGAAUUGAAUUUGAUUCUGUAUGAAAUAUAGGAUAAAUCUUAUAAGAUCAAACAGAAUUUUAUUUUAUGUUUAAAAACAUUUAAUAAAAUUACAUUUGAUUUUUGUAAAUUUGUGGUUUUAAUCUUGUGUAGCUUGAUUAGUAGAGACGUCAAAACUUGUAGAUCUAUUUUUAGAAUUUUGCUGCCAAUUAUUUAGUUUUUAAGUACAUUUUCUUCUCUUUUUUCUCUGGGUUAUAUAUUGUAAGAUUUUAUUCAGGUAUGAGCCUGCAUUAGGUUGUAAGUUAUAUUGCAAUUUCUGUGUUAUGCAUUGUUUUGUCCAGUAUGUUAUUUAUGUAUGUAUUAUACAACAUCAAAAGUGCACAUUGAACAUGUUUGAUUAUAUUUCAAAGCCAUUUGUUAUUUCAUUUUAUUCUUUCCCAAAUGACAUCUAUUGUGAUUUCCUAAUCCAUUGCAGAAUUAUUUAUUAGAUUAAAAAUCAGCAGCAAUUAUGUGAUCUUUAGUCAAUGGUGAAAAAGGGAUUUCAAGUUCUUAAAGGAAUUAAAAAGGAAUUAAUCUGUAUUUUGCAGAAUCCCCCCAAACCAAUAUAUUUCUAUAAAAAAAAGGUUUAUCAUGGUAUUUGGUAAUUAACCUGACUUGUAAUAGAAACAAUAAAAUAUUUAUAUUCAAAUGAAUUAUAUUUCAGACCUGUUUAAAGUAUCUGAUUAAAGAUAAUGUACAUUAACCAAUAUACAGUGUGUCCCAGAAAAAAUAAAAUCAGGAUUCCCACAUUUUUUCCUUCAAAGACAAAUUAAUUAUAUUUCAUUUACAUCAUCAUACAAUUCAAUUAUUACUCUACAUUUUGAUAUCUAUUAUGUGACAAACACUUCACGCAUUAAUGAGCUAGAGUAGUUUAAAAUUUUAAAUUCAAAAUUAGGAAGCAUAGAAAAUUUGGACAAGAUUGGUUCGUGACCAUCCUUAUGCGACGAUCGGCUCACUGGCAUUUCUUUUGUAAACUUUAAAUUUCUCUCAAUGAUCCCUGAAAUGAGAGUGAAUUCAGAUUAACAAGUGACGUUCUGCGCAAAUCUUUCCUGAUAGGCCUCAUUAUUUAUUGUUUGUCAUCUGCCAUGCAUGAAUGAUUUGCUAAGCUGUUGGUCUCAAAUUAAAGAUGAGAUUCCACUCUUAACCUGAGUAAAAACAUGUUUAAUAAUUGUGAAAUCUAUCUCUGAAAAUGGGUUUCCUUUUUGUGGGAUGCACUGUAUAUGUAAUUUAUGAAUCAUUCAAUAUGUAGUAAUAUGAGGCCAUUUUAUGUGAUAAAUGAUAACAUUGUGUAUGCUGAUUAGUAUUUCAUGUUUGCUCAUUUACAUAUCAUUGUAAAUAUGGUUGUUUUGACCAGUAAAAUGUAUAUUAUA